AUGGCUCCGUUGAUCCUCGAACCAACCUCGUCACCUCCACUUGGACACCUGGAAAACCCCCAUUUUAAAACGUCGCCGGCCAAGCACACCGCCGCCCCCUCACACACCUCGCCCACCAAACGGGUCCAUUUGAAAAACAUGAGUCCCAACGUCUCCAAAAAAACCAUCUACCUCAACUUCACUCCCAAGCACGAAGAGUCUCGCAUCCACAAACGACCCACUCUCAAACGGCCAAUCUCCCACCCCCGGUCCCAUAGCUCCAUCACCCGCCACAACCCAAGCUUGGCGUUGUCGCCGUCCAAAUUGACCCAGUCGCUCAGAAGAACUAAUUCUUUCAAUGAUAAUGCCUUCACCACCUCGUCCAACACUUUGGACAGAUUUAUUCCCUCCCGCCAUAACUCUGUCAGCAGCAAGUUGGAGACCAAUAACGUCAAGCCGCACCCCAACGCGUCGCCGCUGACCCACAUCAAGGCCCAGUCCUCCAAAAUUUACCAGAAACAUGUGGCUGAGGCCUGCGGCUUGGACAUGAACUCGCGGGUGUUGCAGUACCAACCACUUCCUCCCGACCGCAAGAAACCGGUCAGCUUAUUCAGCAGCGUCGGAUCCUCGUCGCGGUCCAUCACCCCAGCCAUUGCCUUUGCCCGGGCCAAAAAAGUCCCUACCGCUCCUGAAAGAGUGUUGGACGCACCGGGGCUCAUCGAUGACUUUUACCUCAACUUAUUAGCUUGGUCGCUGACCAACUUGUUGGCCAUCGGACUUGAAGACACGGUGUACGUGUGGAACGCCUCGACCGGGUCCGUGGGACUUUUGUGUGAAUUGGCCAAUAAGUGCACGGUGUCGUCGUUAAAAUGGUCUGACGACGGGCUGUACAUUUCGAUCGGAAAAGACGACGGGCUCGUGGAGAUCUGGGACAUUGAGACCAACACCAAGUUGAGGACCCUCAACUGUGACAGUCAUUUCACACGGGUAGCGGCUCAGGCCUGGAAUCAGCACAUCUUAACCAGUGGGCUGCGAAUCGGUAGCUUGUACCACUCGGACGUGAGAGUGCCUCUGCACUUUUCUGCCAAGUUCGAAGACGCUCAUACGGCAGAGAUUUGUGGCAUUGAGUACAAACUGGAUGGUCUGCAAUUUUCCACCGGUGGAAACGAUAAUCUCGUGUGCAUAUGGGAUGUCAGGUCUUCCGGCACAACGCAUCAGCCCAUGUUCUCCAAGAGAACCCAUAAGGCUGCCGUCAAGGCUUUGCUGUAUUGUCCCUUUCAGAACAACUUGUUGGCCACAGGAGGUGGUUCUUCAGAUAAAACCAUCAACUUCUGGAACACUAGCACCGGUACCAGGGUCAAUAGCAUUGAAACUGAAUCCCAGAUCUCCUCGUUGAAUUGGGGGUUUUCGUCGGGCACCGGUAUUGAAGUGGUGGCCACCCAUGGCUUCCCUAAUAAUAACAUCUCAUUGUUCAGCUAUCCCACUUUGCAGAAGACAGGUGAAAUCCACCAAGCACAUGGAUCUCGUAUUUUGAGUGGGUGUCUUAGUCCUGAUAGUCUCACCUUGGCAACGGUUGCGGGGGACGAGAACUUGAAGUUCUGGUCGAUCUUCAAUAUGCCCAAGUCUGGGAAAGAUAAGGAUACUUUGGCUGAUUCAGAUAAUGCUGACUUUUCCGACGAGAAACGAAUGGAAAAAUUAAUGAACUUACGUUAG